AUGGCCACCCAGCGCUUCUACCGCGUGCAGAGCGGCUGGUCCUUCACAUGCUACAGUGAGGAACACGAGUUCCAGGCCCGUGGGCACUAUUGCAUGGACUACUCGCACUGGCUCAACAGGGGCAAGUUCGAGCGUCACCUAGACUGGGACGACCGGUCCCGCGAGCCCUCGCCCUUCAUCUCCGUAUACGACAGCUGGCAGGAGGCACAGACCAGAGCCCGGGUGCUGACGCAGCGGCGGCACCCCGACGUCUUCAUCGCCGAGAUCCUCCUGUCCUCGCCGCAGGAGAAGAUAUUGGAUGUCGGGUUCAGUGAUCUCACGGUCCAUCUGCCCACGUUGCAGCAGGUCCGCGACGACACAGGCGGGCCGGCGACGACCUUCGUCUCGAUUUCUGCGGUGAGGAAAUACUUGAGGGUCGGCCAUACGGGUGAUACUCGCGCGUCGGAGUGGUUCGCCUUGGACUCGGUACCUAAUGAUUUGAUCGUUAAGAAAUGGCAAAGGGGAGCGCAGUGA